AUGGAGUUCAUCGUUGGGACGGUUCUGGCUGGUGUCCCUAUUGUGCUUGAGGCCUACGAUCGCUACUGGGACCUAUCAAAAGGCUUCACCACCUUCCGUCAUUACUCAAAAGAAUUGGUCAAAUUGGAUACAAUUCUUAAUACGCAAAAGACCCUUUUCAGGGGAAACAUUAUAAAGCUUCUUAUAGUAAUUACCAACGAUCCAGAAAGGGCACGCGGGUUGCUCUCCGAAAGGAGCAAGGAAACAUGGGAGACGUUGAAGCUUGAAACGAUCAACAGCGAGCAGCGCCUCGAGUCACUCAGAGACACCUUUACGUCCUGGAAGGCCACUCUUGAUCAGGUUCUGUCAUCCGUCACAGCGAUAUGUCUCGAGGUGGAGAGCUUUCGAAUAACGAACGUGGUGCCGAUUGACUCACUCCCCUCAAGGGAGACGCUAAAGCAACUGCAGAAGCGAUUCCGACUCUGUUGGAGGAAGGGAGAAGUUCAGGAUUCCAUCAAGGAGUUGCGGGACUUUACAACUGACUUUAACGAAUUGACGACUCGGGUCAUCAGUGAGCUCAAGGAAAUACAAAGCACACCGAGUAAGGGGCUUACAAUACAACGAACAACAAGUCAGUCUGGGAACCUUGACAAGUAUCGCCAAAUCCAGUCCGCAUCACUUCGACUAUACAACACCUUUGCUCAGAGAUGGUCUUGCACGAAACACCCAAGACACGCCGCAAGUAUCUCUCUUGUCGAUUUAAACAAAUCCGGCAAGUCAAACGUUACAGAAAACGGCAUCAAAUUCAACGUUGCUAUCGCCAGCGAAGUUGGGCCUGCUAAAGUGCCAGACUCACUGAUCUGGUUGGAGGUGGAAACGGUUGACGCAAGAACCCCAAAGGCUGUGGAAACGGCAGAGCCCAAGACGAGCGAUAAAGAUACUUGGGAAAAUACGAUACAAAGGAUGACGAAGCAUGCUCACUGGGCAUCUCCUGAGUCAUCUGGAAGCCUCGACACCGAGAAUUUGGCCAACAGCAGCCAGACAAGCAACGCGGAUUCUAUCAUCGAUCUCGAAAUGAUCGAGGAUCUCUGCCGGCUAUUUCAGAUCCCAAGGCCGAUAUGUUCCUCUACCUGCGUCGGCUACAUCACAUACGCCGGGCUUCAUCACUUCUAUCUCACGCCUCCAGAACGGCAGCCACCGGGGCAACAAACAUCCCUGGCAGAAAUCAUUACCUGGAUAUCUGAGGAUGAGUUUACUCGUAGUCUUCCAAGAACCACCAUGGUCCAUCUUGCCGGCUCCCUGGCUACUGCUGUCUUGCAAUAUCACUCUACACCUUGGCUGCCAAAGACUUGGGAGAGUAGCCAAGUACUCUUUUGUGGAUCUGGGGACAACCUGGAGGACGCCAGCUCCAUCUCGUCAACGAGUCCAUACUUUCGAGUCGGCUUCGCAAACCCUGAAACCACAAGCAGCAAGGAAUUGGAUCGCAAUCCUGCAGGUAGUCUUCCCGAGGCAAGUAACCGAGUUUUUCCAACACCAACACCCUCUUCGCUCGCUCGUAACGCGAUUCUCUUCCGCCUGGGCAUAAUCCUCCUCGAGCUGGGAUACAGUCAACCAUGGCCACAUCUUCGAAACCGGCUAUUUUCAACCCUUCCCCCUCAACAUCAAACCGACUACGAUGCCGCCGAGAAGCUGGCUCAGACACCACUCUUGCGAAAUCGAAUGGGCCCAAGGUUCUCAACUAUAGUACGCAAGUGCUUAGGCUGUGACUUCGGGUUGGGAGAGAGUGAUCUCAGGGAACGUUUCUUGCGGAUGUGGUGGAGGCAUUGCACGAGAUGGAACGAGGGUUGA